AUGAAGGCUGCCCAUGAGAUAUUCUUCAACGACUAUCUCAUCAAGUUCAGCCUCGAGCAUGCCUGGAGGGAGCUCAGACAUGACCAAAAAUGGUGCACUAGCAUGAAGUCUGCUUCCAAGGAUGGUGAGAAGGCAAAGAAAAGGAAAGUUGAAGACUCAGCUCAGUCCUCAAGCUCAAUACCCGAUGAUGUAGGCGUAGAGGCUCGGCCGCCUGGUGUGAAGGCUUCCAAGGCGAAUGCUAAAAGGGCAGCCGGCGUGAAAGGUGAAGGAAAAGAGGUGAAGGAGUUCAAAACUGUGUGGGAAAUCAAAAAAAUGGACUUGGAAAUGAAGGACAAGAUUACUAACAAAAGGCUUCUUGACAAACUCUUAGCCAAAACUGAACCACUAACUGAGAAUGAAAUGCUACUUAAGAACAAGUUAAUUAAUGAUUUGCUUCUUUGA